AUAUAAGCCAGGGGGUCCGAGAUAUUCAGUUAUUAGUAGCGCGCCAACGGAACAGAACAGUGAAAACGUAGCGAUAUAUCUGGAUAUAUUUAAACCACAAUGAAGUGCUUCAUAUUGGCUGCCACCCUGAUGCUGGCCACCUUAGCCAGCGGUGAGAACAUCUUCAAGAUCAACAUAACGCCCGAGGAGGCUCAGCAGUUCCUCCAAAGCUCCCAGUUGCGUGGCAUUGGUGACAUCGAAUAUGCCCCGAAAACUGGCGAGAAUCCGCUGCCCGAGGCCCGAAAUGAGAGGGGGGAAUUCGUCUACAUGGGCCGUGUGAUCGAGCACCCGGAGGACUAUGUGGAGGAGCAUUACGACGCCCACCAGUACCACGGUCAAGAUGGUUUGGGUCAGUUUGCCUAUGGCUAUAGGGACUGGAAUCAGGGCAAGAACGAGAAGCGUGAUGAGACCGGCAAGGUGACCGGUUCGUACAAGUAUGUGCAGCCACAUGGCCGUGACUUUGUGGCCACUUAUUACGCCGAUAAGACCGGUUUCCAUGUGGAGGACAACCGUCCCGCUCACCUCAAGCUGCCGGCCACCAAGACACCGGCCGUUCUCAAGGCCGAGGAGGAGCACUUUAAGCUGUGGGGCGAGCUGGCCGCCGCCGCCGGUCACAAUCCGGAUCCCUAUGCCGCCGAAUACCAGACCGCCGAGGGUCGCUAUCAGCCCACCGAGCAGGAGCAGCAGCCCUAUGUCCACGAGGAGCCCCCAUAUGUUCCCGGUCCAGAGGAGACCGGCGAGCCCAAGGGCUUCUUCUAUGCCUUCGAUUACAAUGUGCCGCUGUUGCGCAACAAGGAGGAGCGCGCAGAGCUGGAGCGCCUGCGUGCCGUCAACAACCAUGACGAAUGAAAGGGUCUAAGUGAUCCCUACAGAUCCUGGAGAUCUAUUGUAUAGGUUGUUCUGUAGAAAGUAGCACACACAUCCAAGUAUCCCACAUAUUUAUUAAAUCCUUAUUCGCAAAAUAAAUAGCAGAUUUUAAUCAA